GUUAUUUAUUAAGGUGAGAGGGUUUCUGUGGAAAACUAGAGAGAGAGAGAGACCGGGAGGCAGCCAUCCUUACUUAGAUAUCUUCUCGUCCAGGAGGAUCCAAGUAGCAGAGCCGAGCAGAGGAUACGAUUGGCCUGUUUUAGAUCUGUGCUUAUAUUGAGUGUAGAGGUGCGAAACAGAGAAGGGACUAUGAGUAGCAGAGGAGGAAACAGCCACAUCGGCGGGGGGGUACAAUCAAUCCCGGCGGCAUCGCGGAAGAUGGUUCAGAGCUUGAAGGAGAUUGUAAACUGUCCCGAGGCAGAGAUCUAUUCCAUGCUUAAAGAUUGCAAUAUGGAUCCUAACGAGGCCGUCAACAGGCUUUUGUCCCAAGAUCCUUUUCAUGAGGUGAAGAGCAAAAGGGACAAGAAGAAAGAGAGUAGGGAGACUAUAGAAUUGAAGCCUCGGGCUGCUAGCAGCUUUUCCAGUCGCGGAAGUAGAAGUGCUUCUGACCGUUACUCUGGAUAUGGUGGUUCAACUCAAAACAGCUUUUCUGAAUCUGGUGGCUUACAUGGUAAAUCUGCUUCCAAGAAAGAGAAUGGAUUAAACUUUCACACUAAUGCUCCACUGGUAUCAUCUGGCAGGCCAAGUAACAACUUGACUAAGCGAUCUUCAGUCCCCAGUGAAAAUAAAGUGACAACACAGGUGUCUCCUGAUGGAAAUUGGUCAUCCUCACAAUCUGUUUCUGGUUAUCAACCAGCUUCUUCAGGAACACUUGGACAAGUAUCCAUGGCUGAUAUUGUUAAGAUGGGUAGGCCUCCAAACAAGUCAUCCAGCUCUGUGAACUCAUCGCAUCAUAUUAAUCAGCACCAUGUUUGGACAUCUCUAGCUGGUGGUUUGGAUCAAACUAUCCAUUCAUCCAAGGAUCCUGCACCCAAGCUAUCAGAUCCUGAGCCUGGAGUAUGCAUGGGCCAGCAUGUUCCUGUAGAUGAUGACUGGCCUGUGGAUGAGCAGCCCCCUACUGCCAGUGUGCCUUCUAUGCUAGAGUCUACUGCCCCCGAUCUCCAUGUAGAUACACCUAACUUCUCUACUAGUAGUCUUAACCAGCAUCAUCUCUCCCAAGCAGAUAAAGCAUCAUCAUGGUUUGCGGAAGAUUCUUCUAUUGAAAAUAUCAAUAUGAGCCGACCAGAAUCUGCUUCUAGCAGAAAGAUACAAGACGACAAUGCUAGCAGCACAGCCCACUUUGAUGAUGAGUUACACUCUGAUGUGGGUUCCUUUCAGCUUCAGAGACAUGCUUUUGCACAUCAAGAAGCUGAGGAAGUUGUUCCGCAACUAUCUGAGGUUGCUACGAACAUGCAGCAUCUAAGUGUGCAUGAGGACCAGGGAUUGCAGCAUGAGGAAGAACACCCUUCAGUUAUUAUUCCCGAUCACUUGCAGGUACAAACUGCGGAAUGCUUGCAUUUAAGCUUUGGCAGCUUUGGACCCGGGAAUACUGAUGCUUUUCCUAGUUCAUAUUCAUCUGGACCUUCAAAAAGUAGUUUAAAUGAGUCAUCUGCAGAUCCCGAUGCCCCAUUUGUUGGGCAUUCAGAUGCUAGGAGUGGUGACUAUCAUAGGGAUGAAUUGCAGAGAAUUUCCUCAGAUGGAAACAUAAGUCAUGAACAUUGUGCAGAUGCUGGGAAUUACGAGUCACCUUCUGUUUCACAACACGAAGCUCUGAAUAAAGAAAUUGGAGAUGUUUCACGUGAUAGUCAAUACACCUUUCCAUCCGUUACAUCCAACUAUAAUUAUGAGAGUUCUCAACUGCUAAAUGCUGCAUUGCCGCAUCAUCCUCAAUUUAGCUCUCAACUGCAUAAUCUUCCUCCUUUUUCUACCAUAAUGCAACAAGCACAUACAAACACACUGCCAAGCUCAUUACAUGCAUCAAAUGUGCAGCCCUCAAGAGAUUCAGAACAUCCUUACUCUCCCUUCCCUUUGACACAGUCAAUGCCUGCCAAAUAUGGCAAUCAAUUGGCUUCUAUAAGCGGAUCAGUCAUGUCGAUGCCAGAGGCAUUAAAAACUGUUUCAUCAACUCAGCAAGGGCAAGCCACUACUACACAGAACCUGCCUGGAAAUAAUAGCACAGCAGCUACAGGACCUGCUCUUCCGCAGCAUGUUGCAGUGCAUCCAUAUUCUCAACCGACUCUCCCUUUAGGACCGUUUGCGAAUAUGAUUGGCUAUCCAUUCUUGCCUCAGAGCUAUACCUAUCUUCCAUCGGCUUUUCAGCAACCAUUUGCUGGUAAUAGUGCUUACCAUCAGUCUCUUGCAGCAGCAUUGCUACCCCAAUACAAGAAUAGUGUCUCUGUCAGCAGCUUGCCUCCUCAGUCUGCAGCAACUAUUGCUUCUGGUUAUGGUGGAUUUGGGAAUUCCACCACCAUCCCAAGCAAUUUCCCUAUCAAUCAACCCUCUGCACAAGGGGGGCCCACCACUAUAGGCUACGACGAUCUUUUAGGCUCUCAGUACAAGGACAACAACAAUCUCUUGAUUUCCCUUCAGCAGCUUGGGCAGAAUGAGAACUCAGCCAUGUGGCUUCAUGGACUGAGUUCAAGGACAGCAGUUCCACCCAAUACGUUUUACAGCUUCCAGGGUCAGCAACAACAACAACCGGGUGGGUUAAGCCAACAGCAGCAGCCUUCUCAGGGUGGCUACGGUUACCCAAAUCAUUAUCAUUCUCAGGGAAAUAUGUCCACAGAACAUCAGCCACAAAACCCUAGAGAUCUUCUAGCAGGUGGUCCUCAGGGUCAGGGCAGCCAACAACCAUCAUCAAACCCAAACCAGCAGCCCAUGUGGCAGAACGGUUACUAAUCAUUUGUCGUCAAUUAUCUUGGUUUUUGCGUUUCUUUUAAGCGUCUUGUUACUUCUUUGAAAGAAGCCACCACCACUUGCCACCCGCCACCUGCCACCCAAACACGAUUAAUAGUGAAAAAAUAUAUAAAUCUGUCAUUGAUUUGAGGAGCCUGCAUGUUGCCACUAGAGUUGUAUGUUUAGUUAUUUAUUUAUUUUCUCAUCCAUGUAACUUAGGGACAAUUGUGCUAAUUUGAGUUAAUUUCCUUCCAUCUUAUUAUUAUGAUUUUCAGAAAUAUAAGUGGAUAUGGAUAGAGUAAUUUAUUUUAUCAUUUUCUCUA